AUGGCAAGUACACGAAGCUGUCUGUUCUUAGGAUUCCUAUUUCUUGUCAAUUCAGUGGCUAGUAUUGCAGCUUUGCCGCGGCGUUUUGGCACGGUUUUGAGUGAUAGCAGUACUACUACUGAACCUUUAUCACCAACUAGUCACACUCAUUCGGUGAAUGAUCGUAGAGAUUUUCCAUCUGGUUUUGUCUUUGGAGCAGCUUCAUCUGCUUAUCAGUUUGAAGGUGCAGCAAGUGACGGUGGCAGAAGCCAAAGUAUAUGGGAUAAUUUUACACACACAUUUCCAGAUAAAAUAGAUGAUGGCAGUAAUGGAGACAUGGCCAUUAAUUCCUAUCAUCGAUACCAGGAAGAUGUGGGGAUGAUGAAGAACCUAAGCCUAGAUGCUUACCGAUUCUCAAUCUCAUGGUCAAGAGUGAUACCAAAAGGGAUAAUAAAUAGGGGUGUAAAUCGGGAAGGAAUAGAAUACUACAAUAACCUCAUAAAUGAGCUCCUACACAAUGGAAUCGAGCCAUUUGUGACUCUCUUUCAUUGGGAUCUUCCGCAAACCUUAGAAGAUGAGUAUGGUGGUUUCUUAAGUCCUCAAAUUGUGGAUGAUUUCCGCGACUAUGCAGAACUUUGUUUUAUGGAAUUUGGUGACCGAGUUAAGUAUUGGAUCACGUUGAACGAGCCAUGGUCCUUCAGCAAUGGUGGUUAUGCAACAGGUACGUUGGCGCCAGGUCGAUGUUCUUCUUGGCAACAAAACAAUUGCACUGGCGGAGAUGCAAGCCUUGAACCAUAUUUGGUGACACACCACCAACUUCUUGCUCAUGCAGCUGCUGUGAACUUGUACAAAAACAAGUAUCAGGCAGCACAAGAGGGUAAGAUAGGGAUUACACUUGUGACACUCUGGACGGAGCCUUUCUCUAAUUCAACGGAAGACAAUGAUGCUGCGGAACGAGCCCUUGAUUUCAUGUUUGGAUGGUUUAUGGACCCAUUGACAAGUGGUAACUAUCCAGAUAGCAUGAGAUCUCGGGUAGGAAGCCGACUUCCCAAGUUUUCGGAAGAACAAUCCAGGAGGGUAAAUGGGUCAUUUGAUUUUCUGGGAUUAAACUACUAUACUGCUAACUAUGCAGCAGACUUAACCAACUCAGAUAAUGGUUUGUAUAUGAGUUACACAACAGAUUCUGGAGUCAAUCUUACAAGUGAGCGGAACGGGGUCUAUAUCGGUGACGAGACUGGUUCAGAUUGGCUUUUUGUUUAUCCGAGUGGAAUUCAUGAUCUUCUAGUCUACAUCAAUGGAAAGUAUAACAGCCCAGUUAUUUACAUUACAGAGAAUGGAGUUUCCGAGAAAAGAAACGACACAAUACCGCUGGAGGAAGCCCUGGAGGACACCCAAAGAGUAAAUUACCACAGCAGUCACCUUUCUUGUGUUCAACAAGCUAUCCAGGAUGGUGUGAAUGUGAUGGGAUACUUCGUAUGGUCAUUGAUGGACAACUUCGAAUGGAAUGCUGGUUACACCGUUCGUUUUGGUAUAAGCUACAUAGACUAUAAUAAUGGGUUAAAAAGAUAUCCCAAAGCUUCCUACCAAUGGUUCAAGUAUUUUCUUCAGAAGUAA